AUGGCCGCUCUCACUGGUAUCAUGGUGGCACUGAUCACCCCCUUCACCGAUGACCAGUCUGCCAUCGACGAGUCUCGCCUCCAAGCACACAUCGAGCGCCUCAUCCAAGCCGGUGUCCACGGCCUUGUCCCCGGCGGUAGCACCGGCGAAUUCACAGUCAUGACCACUGCCGAGCGCAAGCAACUGACCGAGCUCUGCGUGAAGUUCGCCGCCGGUCGUGUCCCCGUUGUCGUCGGUACUGGCAGUCUCCACACCGCAGAGGCAGUCGAGCUCUCAGUUCACGCCGGCCAAGUCGGUGCUACCGCCGUCAUGGUUGUCCCACCCUUCUAUGACGCCGUCAACCUGGAGCAGCUACAGGAGAUGCUUGCCGAAAUUCACAACGCCUCCAAGUUGCCUAUUAUGUACUAUAAUAUCCCUUCCGCAUCGGGUCUGACCCUCUCUCCCACCGAGAUUGCCGGUCUGUCCAAGUUUGGCGUUAAGUAUCUCAAGGAUACCUCUGGUAACGCGCCCGCUCUCACGGAGCUUAUCUUUUCGCUGUCGGAUCAGAUUAUUGCUUUCAACGGUUGGGAUACCCUCACUUUCUACGGCUUGGCAGCUGGCUGCCCCGGUGGUGUGUGGGGUGCUGCAAACAUGAUUCCAGAGCUGGCAGUUGAAUUGUGGGAUGCCGUUGCUGUCAAGGGUGACUUGAAGCGUGGCCGUGAGCUUUGGGCUAAGGCUUACCCAGUUUGCAAGUUCCUCGAGUCUCACAACUAUGCCUCGGCUGUGAAGACCGGUGUGGAACUCACUGGACAGCCUACCGGUGGUCUGCGCAAGCCAUUUGCUCUGCUGAAGCCUGAGCUGCAGGCGGAGCUGAAGCAACUGCUUGAGAAUGCAGGUGUGAAGACUGUUUGA